CAUUUCCUGUGCUGAGUUGAGUUACUUUAAGUUCAAUUCUGUUUUGGGACAAACUUGUUCUCUCUCAUUUUUAAUUCUAAUUCCAUUAAUUAGUUAAUCUAAUUUUAAUCUUCUCUCUCCUUUGUGACUUGUAGUUUAAUCAGCUAAUGUUCACAUUCACCACCAUUUUUGGUCACCUUUUAAUUUCUUCUCGAUUCUAACAUUUUGUCUUUCAUAGUUUAAAGUUGUUCUCUUUUCCUUUCUUUCUUUGCUCUUGAUAUUCUAUUCUUUUUACAUUUUUCUUUCUUUUUCUUUCUUUUCCCCUCCAUCUUUAAUUCUAUUUUUCUAUGUGAAUGUGUAUUGGAUCUUAAAUUUGUUCUAUUUUUCUUUUUGCUGCUUGACAUUUGACAUUUCUUUUUUUUUUAAUUUUGCUCUUCAUCAUAUUUUCUAUUCAAAUUUGAAUGUCUUUAAUUGUGAUUUCUAAUUGUUACUGUGAUAUCUCGUCUUCUUUCUGUUGCCUUAAUUGUUGUUAUGGGUCCAAAUAACGUUUCAUUGGAGAGAAAUGAUUCAUCUAAAAGUGAACGAAUAUUCACCAAUAAUUCACUAGACCAAACAUCAUCUUCACAACCAAGUUCACCUUCAUCUGGUUACCUAUCCUACCAUUGUGAUGACCUGGUCAACGAUCCAAAUAGUCUAGAAGAUAGUAUAUUCCAUCAAUUAAAUGAAAAGGUAAUUAACAGUCAACUGAUCGCCGUAAUACCAAAGAUUGAUCUCUUACAACAUCAAAUAACCAUUUUAGAAGAGAAUCAAUCUCUGAAUGAUGAGAAAUAUCGUCGGGUUAAACAAGAUAAUAAUAGCUUAUUAAACAAAAUUCACGCUUUAGAAGAUCAAAUUCGAGAUUUGGAGGUACAAGGUGAAGAGUGGCGACGGGAAGAGGAGAAAAUGCUGAAAACUGCCAUCGCUCGUUCAGAUCGAGAAAAAAGUGACCAAUGUGAUGAAUUAAAGUCGCAAAUUUAUAGUUUACAACAUGAACUGUUGGAGGUUCGCAGUGAGACUCAUAAACAUUCAAAUUUGGUGGAUAAAUUGAAAGAGGAGAAACGUUCAUUGCGAGAAACAAUUAAAUGUAAAGAUGAUGAAAUUGAAGAAUUACGAAAUGAUUUAACCAAAAUAAGGGAGAUGAAUAAACGUCUCAAAGAUGAUGAAAGAGUUAAUAUUAAGAUGAUUCAAGUAUUAAGCAUGGAAUUGGAAGAUUUAAGAUGCCAACAAUUACCAAAUUUACACCAAUUAUCAUCUUCUCAAUCAUCACCAUCCUAUUCAUCACCUUUAGCAGCAUCAUCACCAUUGUCGCACAAUCAUCAAUCCAAUCAACAAUUAGCAGCCAAUGAUUCAACAAAUAACAGGAGGAAACUGAGUAGUUCAAGUAUAACCAGUGAAACCAAAGAGGUUAAAUUAUUUUUGGAAUUUAAAGAAGAAGUGAAAAAAUUGAAAGAGGAGAACAGAAAUUUACGAGAAGCGAAUGAAGAAUUGGAAGCUCAAAUUUUGGCGAAUCAUCUGGAAGAGGGAAGAUCAUUGCUAAGGGAAGAAGAAGCUGCAUCUUCCCUCGCCGAGGAAUUGAAUAACCUCUCCUUAGAACCGUUACGAGUUGCACUUCGGGAACAAAAGGAAUGUAAUAAAAAGCUUCGUGCCUACAUUGAUGGAAUCUUAUUGAAUAUCGUUGAGAAUUAUCCCCAAUUAUUGGAAGUAAAGAAAAAGUGAUUAACUAAUUGGACUUUUGGAACAAUUUAAAGAAUCAUUUAUCAAUUUAUUCAAUCGAAAUUACCUUAUGAACAUCAAUCUAAUCUAUUCCAAUAUAAAUAAUAUCUUCCUCUUUUCUGUAAAUCAUCUUCUUCCUCUUUGUGUUAAUCAUAUUCAAUUGUUGAUUAUUGAUUGUUGAUCAAUAUUCAGGUUAAAAAAAAUUGUUUCCUAGUUAAUCAGUUAACUAAUUUAGUUGUCAGUAAAUCUUAAGCCUUCUAAUGUUAACUUAUCAAGAGAUGCAAAUGUUUGGUUAACCAAAUUAAUUGAUUUAUGUUUUUUGGUGAAUUUGUUAACCAACAAAAUCAGUUAAUUUAAUUGUCUUGAAAAAAAAAGUCUCUUUGUUGGUUAAAUUCAAAAAAUUGUGACAACAAUUAAAUCAAAUUGAUAAAUUUGAUAAACAAAAGUAACUAAAUCAAUUAAAGUUAUUUCCAUCAAAUUAAAAACGGUAAAGUGUAAAAUUAAUUACAAUUAAUUAUUUUUCCAAUCAAGGUAAACAAUCAACAAUCAACUAAUUGAAUAUGUUUUGUAAUUAUCUUAAAACCAUGAUCCCAAUUUAGUUACAAUUGAUUACCAAUUUAUAAUCGUAACACUUUUUUUAAUCAACACACGAAAAAAAAAUCACAAUUAAUCAACCGAUUAAUUUAAUCAUCAACAAUUCUAUGUCACUUUCACAAUUCUCAAUUGACAAUUUCCCUUUUUUCAUAUCAACAUUUAAAUUGUAUUUAUAAAUAUCUUUCACCAUAGAAAACACAAAAUCUAUUUCUUUUAAUAGUAAACAAUUAAACGUCCAACCAAAAAGAAACACACAAAUUGAUCAAAAAUCAGUUAAUUGUAAAGUAAAACUUUUCUUCGAGUUGAUGAGAUUGAUUAAAAUGCCCAAACGAA